AUGGCCUUCUCCGAUCUCCCGCCCUUUGGCAUCCGCGACCUGAACGGCCCUACGUGUCCCCCGGGCCUCAUUCAGAUUACCCCCUCGCAGUAUGACAGCACCGUCCAUAGUCAGCCUGAUGCCGCCCUCUCCUACAUCGACCUCGAUGACGGUGAGCUCAUCACCGUCGGGAGUUCCUUCGAACUGCAACAACGCCUGGAAGAGCCUAUUCCUCCCUCGACCUCUCCUGUCCCCUUUCCCCUCCCCCUAGAUGUUGCCCCCAUGGGAGCUGCAAGAGAGGACAAGGAAAAUAAGCUGGUGCAUAUCUUCGACAUCCGACACACUAGUGGGAGUCUGGCUGUGUGGAGAGAUCAUGAGGCAUAUACCAUGAAGAAGCUGCGAGAUCAACAGUCGUCCUCACGUUCUGGUACAAGUGUGUCGAGUCCACACAAGGCAUCCUCAUCUGGCUCCGAACCCAAGUUACUUCUCGACACUCGCAAACAUUCGUUCAGCCAGGAUACACUGGACGAGAGUUCCACUGUAACACUUCAAUCAGCCCAGGUUUCAGACUCUGUCACAAGCAAUGAGGGUAAUGCUGAUCACUCCUCCGCGGCCCAGCCAGCUACCCGUAGUUCAGAAGAGCCCUUGACACAGACUGAAAAGACCCCUGCGAGUGCGCUCACCCGCAUUGAAUCUCACCUGGGGCCAUUGGCCGACUUUCUCGAGUCCACGGCAGAGGGACUGCGAAAGCUUGCAGAAAAGACGGCAGAGGCUGAUACAUCUCCUGUCGAGAAUGUCUUGUCUGGCUUCAAGAACAUUCUGAAAGAAGCCGGCGAAUUAGGCCUCGACCUCUUGUCAACCAUCGUGGACCAGGAACUAGAAAAGAACAGAAGCAACGAAGUCGACAAAACUAAUCUACCCUGCCCUAUCUUUGAACCAACGCAAGACUCUUGUCCCUCCAGUUCGACCAAGGAACCCAGAGGGGAAGUCAAGGAGGAGCCGGACGUUCAGCCUGCUAAAGCGAGAGUCAGCUUCGUCGAGAAAACCCCUACAAAACCGCCUCUUGGAAGACUGAACUUCGCGGUGUCGGAGCCCCUCAACAGGGAUGGCUCCUCUUCAGAGGGCCCGACUCCGAGCCUGCCUCCAUACAUCCCUCCCAAAGACACUCAAAGGCCAUCAGAAAGUCCCUAUCUCAUGUCAAAAGUUCUGUUUCCACCCUUGCCAGCUCGUUACACGACUGGCGGGCCCGCCCAAUCAGUUUUCAACUCUAUCAUUGACUCGCAGCCUCCUGAUUCCGAUGUUCUGACACGGUAUCCCGCCUUGCAUUCUCUUCGCAAAGCCGCCAGUGUCAGCGGGUUGCAAAAUAAACCCAGAAUAUCUAGUGGUUAUCAACAUGGCUUGAGCACUACGUCAGCCUUGUCUCGCUAUCCCAGCAUUGGUCAAUUUGAACAGCAAUCACGUGCGAACCCUCCAGUCGAUCUCGACUUGAAGCACAGUUCCAGCCGUUGGGGAAGCCCGAUUCGGCCACUGGUUCCGCCCGUGCCAAAGAAGACCGAUGUCUAUAAGAAGCCCACAGUUGAUGAUGAAGACGAGCCUCUCCCUUUCCCGCAAAUAGAAUCAGCAGCGAAAGCAAAAGCGCCUUACACGCAGGAUGUCUUCCAUUGGUCCCACAGGCCGCUCCCCGGCGCCUCGCCUGAGCCAAAGUCUGAGCAACAGCCAGAGCCAAAGCGUGAAGAUCGGACUAGCAAAGAUUUCACUGUCCCGGCUGACACUAGCAAGGUGUACAAAGAUAUCCCCCUGUGGCUAGCAGGGGGCAGUCGAGGCUCAUUCGCUGAUGGUCUUUCACAACGGACUGGCAGCCCCGAUGGCAUGACAUACUCUCGUGGAUCUGUCUUUCCUAAGAAGUCCCAGACAGUUAGUGGCACCAACCCUGCAGCGAGACUGAAUGGACCAUUUGAUCCUCUUGCACACAUCCCCGUUUUGCAACCGCGACCCCAACGAUCGCAGCCAGACCUGUCGGCGCCCAAGGUAGGCUUUUUGAAUACUAGACUCAAUUCAACGUUGCCUGGCUCCUUACCGCAACGGAGUCAAACUCUUCAUCACACUGAUCGUUACAAGCCUCGUGAUACUGCUCCAUACCAUAACCCAAGGUCGAGCUCCUGGGAAAACUACAUGAAGAACAAUCGGAGCACAACCACGAACCUCGGCGCGUACUACGAUACUCUGCGGAACCGUAUGUCUUUUGAUGAGUCAAAACAUGGAACUCAACAUCCGGCCACGUUCAACCUUCCAGUACCCCAUGCUACAAGACCCCCUUCUGUCUCGACUCAGAGACCAAAGCGUCCGCUGAAUCGAGCGCCGCCAACUGCAAACCAGAACAAGCAUUCUCCCUCAGCUGGAUCUCCGCCCUCAGUACCAGAGCUCCUUCGGGCUUCUCGACCAGAAGUCAUCAGGGUAGGACCAACGCUAGUCAGUGCUACAUCGGUACCAUUACCUCCUAGCGUACCUGCUCCGCCUCCAGCUGCCGUGCUCUUGCCACCAGAGCCCGCUGCCCGUAAUAUCACUCGCUCCUCAUCGAUUCUGUCCCCGUGCCCACCGGCAUUCACUCGUCCUCGCGGUCGAUCGGGGAUCUCUCCACCGGCGCCUUUUUCAAGCAGCAGCGUUGACGAGUGCGUCAAGGCGCUGAAAGCUAUGGGCUUCGGCAGAGAUGAUCCGAACGAACUGGCUCGCCUGAACAUCUAUGCGGGAGCGGCGGCAGGAGACGUCGAGAUCGCAAUCCAGUUGAUCGAGGAAGACCGUGAAGCGGCCAAAGAGUUUGGGAAGGUAGAGCACACUGAGAUCAGCAAGGAUUUGGAGAAGGAGGCUGAUGUGGAGGAGAAUCCCUGGGAGCUCUAG